UUCGUAGGUAAGUAUGGGCUGUCGGAUGGAAUCCGGCCAGCACGCCAUUUGGUAAUCGCCUCCGUUCGAGCCCAGAAAGUGAAACCUUCCUUCCCUCUUUUCCAAAGCAAAGGUCCUAAUCUUCCACACACAAACACCAGCGACUCCAAGGUCCCUGCAUAGCAGAUGGCAUUGAGGAACUUCUACAAUGAGAUCAAGGGACUGAAAGUAAAGGAACUGCCCAACCAUGUGAAGCCGAUGCUCUCCAUCAACUAUCUGAAGAGUGCAAUACAGAGAGGACUGGACAACUAUCAUGCUAAGUACAUCCAAACCAGCUCCAUCGAUCCACUCUACCAUGUCUGUUUUGGUGGGAUGAUAUUCUCCUACCUGGUUGCACUCCCUGAGGAACGACGCCACCUUGAGCACCAGCAGCAUGCUAAGGAGCACGGCCAUGGAAGUCACUGAUGAUCUGUCAGUCGGUUAUUGCAGGUUCCCAUUUGUCGAUUGGGUGACAAUUGAAAUGCGUACUGGUCUUCAGUUUUGAGAUCUUGAAAAUGUUAAGAGAUGCUGUCUUUUUAAUUGCUUUUUUCAGCAUGAAGUGAUACAAUAAAAUCUUCAUAAACACUAUGCAUUGUACUUUUGUUUUGAGAUUGUCGAAUGAAUUGUUGCCGAGUCCUGUUGAGGAGCGGAUGUUGUUUUUGGCUUCUGUCGUUACUGGUGAUGUGAGUCUCAAUUACCAAAGAUGUUAGAAACUUAUCAGUUACAGCAACGAUAGGUUGCCAAGGUGACUGGUACGGUGCACCUGAUGAACGCAAAAAAUGAAGUAUGACCAAUUUGUAGCUAUAUCAUCAUUCCAACUUUAUAAAGAGUCUGAAAUAUCUUGGAACUGUA